ACUGGCAAGAGGACUCACGAGUUAUCACGGGUGAAAAUGCAGGGCCUUCAUGCAGCACGUGGCAUCAGCCAGCACCCAUGUACCUGCCAUCGACGUCAUACACAGCGUAUUACGCUGGUGGUGACACGGCAAUCGUCCCGUGGCAAGCUUCACAAAUUGCAGGUGGAGCACGACAUUUUGGUGUCACAGACCACACAAGAUGGCCAAAUGCAGCACAACAAGAACCUACAACUACAGUGAACAGCGGUGCGGGGACAUCUACUGCGGGGAGCUCUGAGCGCACGGAAGACGCGUUCCACCAGCCAGCAAACUGUCAUGCCGCAAACAAUUUCGAGUCAGAGUCGGGAAUGGCAAUCAUUCCAGCAAUGCCGACGAGCACCCCUUUGAACACAAGCACUAGCAACACUCGAGUAGAUGGAACUGCCGCCGAUACUGAAGCGAAUGAUGAAACUGACGACGACGCACAAGAGGAUGAAGAUGGUGGGCAAUUCGAGAUCGUGGUACCUCAGCCACCAUACAUUGGGCAGAGAUUUGGAUCGUUCGCAGAAGCAAAGGAAUACUACCAGGCAUACGCAAAGUUCCAUGGAUUUGCGGUCAACACCGAUUGCCAUGUUUUAUGCAAUGUGCUUCCAUUGGGGAAUAUUGGUGUGGAAAUGACGAUAUCCAGUUGA